CCAUGGAGGCUGGCGGGCUCCCCCUGGAGCUGUGGCGCAUGAUCUUAGCCUAUCUGCACCUUCCAGACCUGGGCCGCUGCUGCCUAGUGUGCAGGGCCUGGUACGAACUGAUCCUCAGUCUUGACAGCACCCGCUGGCGGCAGCUAUGUCUGGGCUGCACCGAGUGCCGCCACCCUAACUGGCCCAACCAGCCUGACGUGGAGCCUGAGUCCUGGAGGGAGGCCUUCAAGCAGCAUUACCUUGCCUCCAAGACGUGGACCAAGAAUGCCCUGGACUUGGAGUCCUCUGUCUGCUUUUCUUUAUUUCGCCGGAGAAGGGAACGCCGUAUCCUGAGUGUUGGGCCAGGCCAUGAGUUUGACAGCCUGGGCAGUGCCUUGGCCAUGGCCAGCCUAUAUGACCGAAUUGUACUGUUCCCAGGUGUGUACGAAGAGCAAGGUGAAAUCAUCCUGAAGGUACCUGUGGAGAUUGUAGGCCAUGGGAAGUUAGGUGAAGUGGCCCUACUAGCCAGCAUUGAUCAGCACUGCUCAACCACACGUCUGUGCAACCUCGUCUUCAUGCCGGCCUGGUUCUCACCCUUCAUGUUCAAGACAACAUCAGGUCAUGUCCAGUUUGACAACUGCAACUUUGAAAAUGGGCACAUCCAGGUCCAUGGCCCAGGCACCUGCCAAGUGAAGUUUUGCACCUUCAAAAACACCCAUGUCUUCCUGCACAAUGUGCCCCUGUGUGUCCUGGAAAAUUGUGAAUUUGUGGGCAGCGAAAACAACUCUGUGACAGUUGAGGGCCACCCCUCUGCAGACAAGAACUGGGCCUACAAGUAUCUACUAGGGCUCAUUAAAUCCUCUCCCAGUGUGCUUCCUGCAGAGGACUCUGACUCUUUAAUGUCCCUGGACUUGGAGAGCAGGGACCAGGCCUGGAGCCCAAGGACCUGUGACAUUGUUAUUGAGGGCAGCCAGAGCCCUACCAGCCCGGUCUCUAGCUCCCCAAAGCCAGGCUCCAAGGCUGGCUCACAGGAGACAGAGGUGGGCAGCGAUGGGGAAAGGGUGGCCCAGACCCCAGACAGCAGCGAUGGAGGUCUGAGUCCCAGUGGUGAGGAUGAGGAUGAGGACCAGCUCACAUACAGACUGUCCUACCAAGUGCAGGGCCCACGCCCUGUCCUGGGGGGCUCGUUCCUGGGUCCACCUCUGCCAGGAGCAUCCAUUCAGCUGCCCAGCUGCCUCGUGCUGAACUCACUGCAGCAGGAGCUGCAGAAGGACAAGGAGGCCAUGGCAUUGGCCAGCUCCGUGCAGGGCUGCUUCAUUCGCAAGUGCCUCUUCCGGGACGGGAAGGGAGGUGUCUUCGUUUGCUCCUAUGGCCGAGCCAAGAUGGAAGGAAACAUUUUCCGGAACCUGACUUAUGCAGUACGGUGUAUACACAAUAGCAAGAUUGUCAUGCUCAGGAAUGACAUUCACCGCUGCAGAGCCUCGGGCAUCUUUCUUCGCUUGGAGGGCGGAGGCUUGAUCGCUGGCAACAACAUUUACCACAACGCGGAGGCUGGCGUGGACAUCCGGAAGAAGUCCAACCCGCUCAUUCUGUGUAACCAGAUCCACCACGGCCUUCGCUCUGGCAUUGUCGUCCUUGGCAAUGGGAAAGGCAUCAUCCGGAACAAUCAAAUCUUUUCAAAUAAGGAGGCUGGCAUUUAUAUCCUGUACCACGGAAAUCCAAUCGUGAGUGGGAACCACAUUUUCAAGGGCCGUGCAGCUGGCAUAGCCGUGAAUGAGAAUGGCAAAGGCCUCAUCACAGAAAAUGUUAUCCGUGAGAACCAGUGGGGAGGUGUGGACAUCCGCCGCGGAGGGGUUCCCGUGCUCAGGAGCAACCUCAUCUGCUUUGGCUAUUCAGACGGUGUGGUCGUGGGAGAUGAAGGCAAAGGACUGAUAGAAGGAAACACCAUCUAUGCUAAUAAGGGCUGUGGUGUGUGGAUGAUGUCGUCCAGCCUGCCCCAUGUCACCAGCAACCACGUCAGCUACAAUGGCCUGUAUGGAGUGGCAGUGUUUAGCCAGAAGGAGGGCUCCGGGGAGUUCCCUGGAGGCCAUGGGGCCCAGGAGAACUUCAGCGAGGAUGGGGACGCCAUCCUCUGGGAGACUGAGCUGGAGAAGGAUGACGACGCGCUGCACCAGCCUAUCACCAUAGCCCUUGUUGAGUCUAACAGUAUUAAUCACAAUGGAGCCUCAGGACUCUAUGUCCAGAGCAGUGAGGCGCUGCACGUCAUCACCAAUGUGAUCCACGCUAAUGGGGACAGAGGCAUCACUGUGGCCCAGAGCAGCCAGCUCACCCAUGUGACUAACAACAGCAUCUCCUGCAACCGCCAGAGUGGGGUCAAAGUGGAGGCCCAGUGCAAGGUGGAGCUCCGGGGCAAUGGUAUCUAUGACAACAGAGGCCAUGGCAUCAUCACCAAGGGUGACAGCACUGUCGUCAUUGAAAACGACAUCAUUGGCAACAGGGGCAGCGGACUGCAGCUGCUGCCCAGGUCCGACACUAAGGUAAUAAAGAACCGGAUCCAUUCGUUUCGGGCCUAUGGCAUUGCAGUGCGGGGCCGCACCAAAGCUCUGGUGCAGGAGAAUAUCUUCUUCCAGGGCAAGACCAACAAGACCAUCUUUCAGCAGAUCUCAAACAAUCGAGAAUGCAUCAUGCAAAACAAUAAGUUCUUGGUCUUCAAGAAAAAGUCUGAUACAUGGCGGCUGGUGAACCCACCAGCACGCCCUCACCUUGAAAACUCUCUCCGAGGCCCCUCUGCAGCCCACAGUGGGCAGAAGGUGACAGCCUUGGCAACUAGGAUCACAGCCCGUGUGGAAGGUGGGUACCAUAGCAACCGCAGCAUCUUCUGCACCAUCCUGUGAGGAUGGAGAGCCACAGGGCGGGGCAACUGGAGCACUGUCCAAAGACUCUGGGAGCAACAUCUGCAUACCCAGCUCUCAGGCUCAGGCCCUGACAGUGCCCAGCCGAGCUAAGAGGUGCGGCCUUCGGGGUGGACGAAGCAGUGCCUGAGGAGGCUGCCGGUCCCCUCCUCACCAUGCCUCCUGGGGACUGAGAACAAGGUACUUCCAAGAACCCUUCAGCUCAACCCUCAGUAGGAAGGCACUUGGAAGUGUUUUUCAGGAGAAAAAGGAACAGACAUUCGUGAGUUUCCAGGCACUCCAGCUCCUGUAGAGAUUAUGAAGAGUUGAGGAAAAUCAGUACUGAAGCUUCAGUCAGGUUUCCUGUUUGAGUUACAGGAAACUGUGUUGUACGCACACCAAACCCAGGCUCUUCUCAGGGAAGAGAUUUACUCCCGAGCGAGGGAAGUAAUUCUAGUGAGGUGGGAAAUGACAGCUGCCCCAGAAUUUUCCCCUUUCCUUGACCUCUCAGUCCCUCCGGGGACACCACCACACCCUCCCAGCUGCCUGCAGGGGCUGGAGGAGUUGCGUUUGAUUUCCUUAAGGACAUAGUUGUCUUAGACUUAAACAUGGGUCUAAGAGAGGAGAAGGGGCUUCGGACAGGGAGCCCCUGUUAAAAAGCUGACCUACAGAUGACAGAGGACAUGCCAAAAACAGGAGGGCUUCCUUGCAGUGCCUCGGGUGCCAGCUGGGCAGUGCAGGGACACAUACAACUCCCCUCUACCCUCAAGGAGCUCCCAAACUCAGGAGGACAUUAGCUCGGUGCCUACCACACAAGGAGUCACAUCCCACAAGCACAGCCACACCAGCUGCCCCUCCUGGGCACCAGACUGGUGGAGGUGCAGGUGCCUGGGCCCUCAUCUGUCCAUGUCCUCUCGGAGAAGCACCUGCCUUUACUGACCCUUAUGGUUUCCACUCUGUGCCUUGGCUCAUGCUGUCCCCUCUUCCUGGCAUGCCCUUCUCUCCAUCUGCACAUGUCCGGGUCCCACCCAUUCAAGUGUAGCUUAGACACUGCCAUCUCCACAGAGCAUGCCCCCUCUAGAUGACAAUGCCCUCCCUGUUCUGAGCUGCCCUGCCCGUCUCUGCCCCCUCAGGCACUGAGCACUUUCUGCCUUGGAGUUAUCCAGGUCCAUCCCCGUCCCACUGACCUGUGUAGGGCCCCCUCUCUCUGUGUUCCCAGUACCCAGGCCUGUAGGGUCUGUAGCCUGAGUGGGGAGAAGGCCAGUCCCAGAGGGCUUUACUGAACUGUUCUGUGUGAGUGUGUCAAGGUUUCAGGUGGGCUCAGACCCUGCCCUGACUGCUUAGGGAAGGGGGCUGGAUGCAGGACCCCUCUACCUGAGCAGCCCCCUCCCACUUGGCCUUUCAUGUGGGGCCUACACCAGCCCGUCAGGGUUGCUGUCUUGUACCUCACCGAUGACUUCCCAGGCUGGUUCUGCCAGGCCCUUGGUGCUGCUCUCCCAGGUCAGGCGGGAGGGGGCUGCAGGGAGCCAGGAAUACUGGCUUCUUAAGGACUUUGGGCACAAGAGCGCUGGCCCCUCCCAUCCCACACUGUUCUUUGCACCUUCUCUGGUGGCCCCAAUGUGAGUCGCUGUAUAAAAUGCUGCCUUUAUCAUUUUGUAAGAAAUGACUUCUCUGUGAAUCAAGUGCUUAUG